UGUGCUUAUGUUACCCUGAGCGUUAAAGUUUCGUUUGUAAUUUUGUUUUAAAUAGGCGAAUAUCUGUUUUAUUUGCUUGUGUCAUGGCUAAGCUGCAGAAACUCAGCGGAAACGAGAAUGAGAUAGAGAGUAUUGAGAGCUCGACUUCGACUUACAGUGGAAAACGAACAGAUUAUCUUCAGUGGGAUGAUUACUUCAUGGCCACCGCCAUACUUUCAUCGAAACGAAGUAAGGAUCCCUCAACGCAGGUUGGUGCUUGCGUUGUGGAUAAUCAUAAUCGGAUUGUAGCUAUUGGUUACAAUGGCUUCCCAAGAAACUGUAGCGACGAUGAGUUUCCAUGGUCAAAGGGCCCAGAUAAAAAAUCGUUGGAAAAUAAAAAUAUGUAUGUGGUACACGCAGAAGCCAACGCAAUACUCAACAGCAAUGGCACGCGACUGGAUGGUACUCGUCUUUAUACAACUCUCUUCCCCUGUAAUGAGUGCACAAAAUUAAUUAUACAGUCGGGUAUCCGAGAAAUAUAUUAUUUAUCUGACAAGUAUGGGGAUAAGCUUAUUUAUCGAGCUGCAAGGCGAAUGCUUGAUGCAGUUGGCAUUGGCUAUCGCCAGUUUAUCCCAACGCAAAAACAGAUUAUGAUAAACCUUGAUGAAACUAAUUAAAAUGUACGAAUGAUUAUCUUAAGG